CUCACUCUGCAUGGAUUGUAUGGGAGGAAGUUAACUUGCUCAGCCUGAAGUAUCUGCACAGCAGUGCCUUUUGAGAGGCUCCUAUUUUUUUUUUCUUCCUAAUAUGGACCAUCCUUAAGAAUUUGAAGGUGAAAUUUUUUUCCCCUCAGAAAAGUAUGGCUUUUUGCUAUACUUUUAUAUACUUAUAUAUAGUUUAUACUAAAAGCUUAGGAUGUUGGAUAGUAAUAACAAUUAGAAACUCUUUGGAAACAACUGCAUUAGUGUGCAGAAUAGCAGCAGGAGAGAAUGUGUGACAGAUGCACUUCUGCAAUAUCUUUGUCUGUGAUGUACAGAAGGCCUGCCAGCAAGGGAGAAGAAAAGGAAGGAGAAAGUCUUCCAUCCAGACUGUGACAGUCAGAUGAACUGGAGUUGGCCAUGGGACAAGGAAAUGAAACUGUCGUUACUGAAUUCAUCCUCGAGGGUUUCUCAGGGCUUAAUCAAAGGCUACAGCUAUUUCUCUCUCUGGUCUUUCUACUCAUCUACCUGACAACGGUGAUGGGGAAUGCAACCAUCAUUUUCCUCGUGUGUGUGGAUAACCGCCUGCAAAUCCCUAUGUACUUUUUCAUUGGCAAUCUGGCAUUCCUGGAAAUCUGCUUUACAUCCUGCACAAGCAUCAAAUUGUUGGUGAUUCUGAGCUCUGGCAGGAGAACAAUCUCUGUAAGUGCCUGCUUUGUCCAGUCCUAUUUCUACUUUGCCCUGGGAUGUACGGAGUUGAUUCUCCUUGUGGUCAUGUCCUUUGACCGUUACCUUGCCAUCUGCCAGCCUUUGCGCUAUGCUGCCAUCAUGACGCAGCAGCUCUGCAUCCUCCUGGUUGUUGCUGCUUGGGUCGCAGGCUUCACAUUCAUGAGUUACCACCUGGUACUGCUCUCAAAGCUCACGUUCUGUGGUUCAAACAAGAUCCAGCACUUUUUUUGUGACAACUCCCCCUUGUUCCAGCUGUCCUGCUCUGACACCAACUUGCUCUGGAGAAUAGACUCCGUUUUGAUCCUGUUCAUUCUGCUGGGUUCAUUGUGUUUAACUCUGUCAUCUUAUGUGUGCAUCUUGUUCUGUAUUCUACGCAUGCCUUCCAGGAGGAAAAAAGCUUUUGCUACUUGUUCUUCCCAUCUCACCAGCUUGGCCAUUGCAUUUGGAAGCUGCCUUGAUCUCUAUUCACAUCCCUCAGAACGUGUUUCUUUGGAGACCAACAAACUUGUGGCUUUACUGAACACUGUCCUGUACCCGUUCUUAAACCCUUUCAUCUACAGCCUUAGAAACAAGCUUGUGGUGCUGGUCCUGAAGGAUGCCAUUGCCCAUGCAACAGCGCAGCUUUUCCCUCAGUCACGAUGCAUUUCUGGACAGUAAUUCUAAUUAUCUGUUAUUGUACCUAAUGCUGCUAGGGCUGUCGGACACACUAUGUAGAGGAGAAGCAUUUUUGGAUUG